UUGCGGCGGCGGCAGGCGCCGCGCGAGGGGCGUGGCCGCAGCGUCGUGGGCGGAGCCAAGGCGGCGCGGCGACGGAGCUCGCGGCGGGAGCGGGCAGCGGAGGCGGGAAGCCGCGCGGCGACGGGGAGCGAGCCCAACGGGGGAGCGGCAGCCCCACCAUGGCCGAGACGAAGGAGGCACAUGAGGAGCAUGACUCAGCAACUGACAAUGCAGAUGAUUCUAACCACGACCCGCAGUUUGAGCCAAUCGUUUCUCUUCCUGAGCAAGAGAUCAAAACUCUGGAGGAAGACGAGGAGGAAGUUUUCAAGAUGCGAGCAAAACUUUUCCGAUUCGCAUCAGAAAACGACCUUCCAGAAUGGAAAGAACGUGGCACUGGGGAUGUAAAACUCCUGAAGCACAAAGAUAAGGGGACCAUCCGCCUCCUGAUGAGGAGAGAUAAGACUCUUAAAAUCUGUGCAAACCAUUAUAUCACACCUGUAAUGGAGCUGAAGCCCAACGCGGGGAGUGACCGGGCCUGGGUGUGGAACACACACGCUGAUUUUGCGGAUGAGAGUCCUAAACCGGAGCUUCUGGCAAUUCGGUUUUUAAAUGCAGAAAACGCACAGAAAUUCAAGGCGAAAUUUGAAGAAUGUAGGAGUGAAGUUGACAAAAAGGGAAAGAAAGAAACAGACAAAAAUGAUAGCGCUGAUAAAAUUGCUGAAAAAUUAGAAGACCUUUCUGUAAAGGACGAGUGCAAAGAAUCGGAGAAGAAAGAAGACAAGGAAAAGGCUGAAGAAAAGCAAUAAAUCAUUUUGGGCCUUGUGUUUUUCUUUUUUUUCUUAUUUUUUUUUUCUUAAUUUUUACAAGGGACUUUAUAAAGAACUGUAUUCUAAUGUUGUUGUUUUUCUAAGCUUUUGCCCUUUUGGAAGAAUUCUCCAGAGGGGAAAAAGAAAAAAGAUCCAUUCCCCAGUCAUGAAAAUGUACUGUGCUAAAACUCGCUUUUCCAUAGUGGAAAUACUUAUUUAUAGUCAUCCAGGAGAGUGAAUAAAGCUUUGGAAACGGUAUGAAAAGGACAGGGUUUUCUAUAUACACUUCGUGUAUGGCUGCCCUUGUUACCUUGAUGUUAUAUGUUUGGGUGCUAUUUUAGGUGAGGUGUAGCGUAACUGAAUUCUACCGAUUGGGAAAGAAAGAGAGUAACUUCUAAUGCAUUGUGGCUGAAUGUUGUAAUGACUGAAAGGAGAAAUUUUAUGCUAAGGUUCCUUUUCUUGUAAUUGAGGUUUGAGUGCCCUUAAGUGUUCUUGUGCAGAAUUUAUGAGAAGAAAAUGGCAUGUCCUUUACAAUCUAAUGUCAUCCCACAAUGGCCUAUGAUGUAUUUCAAAACACUGGUUUCUUUCGGUCGACAGUGGCAAUCCAGAAAGGCAGAAAUAAUACCUUUUUAAUUAUUAUCAAAAGCGGGAGAUGUCCAGCGAAUGCAUUUUUUUAAAAAAAACCUCUUUCAAAGGCCUUCCCGCCCCCCCCCUCCCCUGAAGAGUAAAAUCUUUUGCAAAUCUGGACAGGCUCUUCUGUGUAAACGAGACAGAAGUCCAGUUCCUUCCGUAAAAAUUUUCAGUAUAAUCUCCAUGUAGAUAUGAAGACAAGUAAUAUUUUCUGUUGCUUUGCUGUCUCUCAAUUAUAGCAUUUUCAUAGUGUGUUCUGGGGAAACGGGGGCGGGGGGGGGAUUCACCUUUUUUUAAGAUAACUGUUUGGUUGUGAGAAAAAUAAUCGCCUUUCUUACUUAAACGUCACCUGGGGAAAAGCACUGAUGUCUGAAUUUGCAUCUGUUAGUCCACACGAUCCCCUCCUUUGCCAAUAAACUUUUGGGUAACAAACGUUUCAUUAUGGGCUCCCUCCUCAUUGUCACCGAUACUUGAAAGAAUAUCCUGUUAAGAUUCACGGCACGGGGAUACCCUUAACUUUCACCAGAGAGACCAAAAACGUUUUGUGUGAUGAGCUGCUGCAUCCAUAACCAUGGGCUGUG